GUACAGAAUGACCUGGACUAUAGGAAUGAAUGCAUGACGACUUCAACUUUAACGUUUACAUAACAUAACCCUCAACCCCUUCCUACUUCUCUACUCAGGGGAUCUUUGUGGGUCUAAGUGCCUUUUCAAUACGAGAGACACGCGGACGCCAGGCAAGACAACUCGCAAUGCGUCAGCUGACUACAGAAGAUCUGAAGACCCUGGAAGUAGAUCUUAAACACUACUUUCCACAGUCGCUGCAGGUGUAUGGAUGCAUUGUCCAGCUCAACAGGAAUGGACAGAGAGCUGAUCCUGUUAGCGUGUUUGUUGACCGGUGGCCAGAGUUCAGAGUUUUACUUAUUAAACCAGAAUUCCGUGAGAAGGGAGACCUUUUCAAAGACUUGACCGUGUUUUCAAAAAACGAUGUCUACCUUAGAGACCUGCUGGCACAUUCGGAUGUCGUUGAUUGGAAGAUGUUUAUUUGCUUGGCCGCCGAGCUUCAUCACGAGAAGAUGCUGGAAGUCCUGGCAAUAAACAGAGGUGUGCCUAUGAAAAAAGAAGCAGUGUGCUACAUGUUGGUUCAUCGGGAUCCAUCAAAACUCCUACACAGUGAUAGUUCAUCACUCAAGCUGUCUUCCCUCAAUGAGUCUCAUCUUGAGUUAGUAAACCAUAGUUGGAAGUUUGGCUGUGAAGACAGCAAACUAAUGAUUAAGAAUAUGAUUUUGAACUUCCCCUCUUGUUGCGUCCUGGACUCGAAUGAUCAACCGAUAGCCUGGAUUUUAACUUAUGCUUCUUGCGCACUGGGAAUGCUGUACACACUUCCAGAACACAGAGGAAAAGGCUAUGCAAAAGCACUGGUCACCGUUAUGUCAAAGAGACUCUACUCUCAGGGUUACCCGGUGUACUGUUUUAUAGAGGAAGAAAACCAUUUAUCCUACAGACUCUUUACGAGCCUGGGUUUCACAGAAGAACUGGAUUACAGGGCAGCCUGGUUUAUCAUGAAUGAUUUGUAAUUAGGUCCUAUUUUCAAUUUUUUUGUCACAUUUAAAAACAUCCACAAGGCCACCAUCAACAACAACAAAAAUAACAGAUUUAUUUCAAUAAAACAAAUUAAUAAAAUGUGUAUAA